GCAACACAGGGAGAGGCGGACCACAGUCUAUGAUUUCGAAUUUCACGCAGUCUAAGGAUGGCUGGAGACGGCCGGCAGACGAGGACGCAGGUAUGCUUCAACACAUGCCGCCAAAUAGGUUGCACUCCAGAGACGGAGAGCACCAGUGGUUGCUGGGUACUGCGAGUUCAAGAAGCAGGCCGUCCACCUCUUUCGUCUCUUCCGGCACCGUCGCCGAGUUGCGGACAUCCACCCGUCAUGCAGUGGGCAGCUCAUUUCAGAACCAGAUCCAUGUACGCACUGGAGCAGGUUCUGGCUUGGGCUCCUUCAACAGGUCUUGGGAGUUAGGGGAGCAUGUGCUGGAUAGCCAUCGUGGCAAAGCUCGCCGCUCAGCAAGGGCACGCCGUGGACUGGAAAGAGGAAAUCUAUUGCAAGACCUGUCACCACUCCAUGCAGGCUUGCUUUCUGGCAUAGAUUCCGAUCUCACAUCAGGUGAUGCCGCAUCCUAUCGCGAUUCCAAGGUCAAUGAUGGGCUCCCAACGACAGUGCCACCGUCGAUGCGGAAUAUGCUCCUAUAUGCUCAGCACUUGACCGAAUUGCAAGAAUGGAAGCUGCUUGGCUCAGACACAGGGAUUGGAGAAAGAGGAGGAGGCCGCGGCGGCGAUAGAGAUAGAUUUCCCUCCAGGGUUCGCUCGACAAUUGAUGUUCAGCAGGCCGCCGAUAACGAAAUCGGGUGUGGCUUCUACGACAUCUUCUACGAGGGAUGCGCUCCCUGUUUCUACAGCUCUACAGAAUGCACGGAUGAGCGCCGGGAACUACUGGCAUCAAAUCAGUUCUAUGACUUUUACCGUGGCCUUCUCGCACACGCUCCCAUAUUGGAGUACACGGAUGCUUUCGAGGACUCGACAGGUGUAACAUUUGGUGUACGUGGAAUGGGUAAGAGACGUGUGAGGUGGUCCCGAAAGACACCGGCAUUCACACCCAGAGGGGACAUCUACUUGGGUGGCUUAGCUCCCACAGAGACAUUGAGUAUGCAGGUGUCCGCCCUUCAGAACAGCACCGCCACACUCAAGUUCCGGUUCGAUAUUGUGGCCGAUGGCCCUGUAGGUGUGAAUGGCCCUCAACCAGUUCUUCGGUUGUCAGGGGAGGAGAUGCUUCCUCAGCCAGAAAGUAUGUUUGCUGCUCCCAAGCAUGUUCUCGGAGUCCCUCAUUACCAGCUGAGCUAUGUGUUUAGGUACGAGAGCAGAACGUUGAAGGCAUGGAUAUCUCUGCGGGGCUUGCUCGCGGGGACUUGGGGCGUGGAUAAUGUGGAGCUGAAGAGUGAGGUUGAUAACUAUAGGCCUUGGGCAGAGGAUAGGGAGGAGACCAGUAACCCUGAUCAGCCCCUGACAAUUGAGCUCCGGGGGCAUGACCCUGAGUGCAGUAAACUGACGUACCUUGUCACAUCUGUGCCUGAGCGUGGGACGCUCUUCCUUUGCACGUGUGACAGCAUCUGGACUCAAGCCAUCAUGCCAGCGAUGCUUCCUGCCAAGGUUCCUGGCCCAUGUAAUCGCGUGGUAUACGUUCCACAGGCCAACAUGCCAGGUGCUGCAGAUGCCUCUGACAUCAACAGAGGCAUGCCCUUUGACUCUUUCUUGUAUGCAGUUCGUGAUCAGGGGGGGCUUGACUCCCGCCCUGCCAGAGUGACGGUUUACAUAAAGACGGAUUUUUAUCCUGGCACGCCGGUUGCUGGUGUGGCAGGGUUUGCCCUCGCUUUUGAUGGCCAGGAUGAUGUGCUGAGCAUUGCCCGCACACCCUCCACCAUGGGCCGUUUGACGCAGCUGACUGUCGAUGUUCGCUUUCUCAUGAUGGCUGAUGAAGGCCAUCGCAAUGCACUGGUAUCUCGGAAAGGUGGCUUCUGGUUUGGCUGGGAUCGCCUUGGUGGGCUGGGUAUGGAAAUCCAAGGCGAGGAUGGGAAUUUUGUGGGUGUCUGGACAAUGUUGAAGUACAAUGACCGCCGCUGGCACCAUGCUGCUGCCACCUGGAAUGAGUCUGCACUGGCCAUCUACAUAGAUGGCCAGCUGGUGGAAUCCACCCAAGUGCAUAUCACUGCGAUUUCACCGUCCUCCUUCUCCUAUGCGUCCCCUGGUGACGGUGGCAUCCUGGUCGGUGCGGACCCAUCACAAGAGAGUGAUGGGUACUUCCAUGGCUACGUGGAUGAGUUGCGACUGUGGAACAGGUCCUUGAAUGAAGCUGAGAUACGAGAUUGCAUGAUGAUGGAGGGACAGCUCAACACCACCGAGGAGAGGGGUCUUUUUGUUUACUUGCAGUUCAAUGACAAUGAGUACUCCCUACCCGUGGUUUUCGAUCAGACGCACGACAGAAAUGAUGGUUUCUUGGGAAAACUCAAUUCUGAUGGCUACUCGGACGGUGACAAUUCCCACUGGCCGAGGUACGUGGCAUCCACAGCGGUCUUCGGGAAUGUUGUGAAGAUGCAAGAGGAUGAGUCUGCAACUAUCCUGCUUCAUGGAGGGGAUAAGGAGGGAGGCGUGACCUUCUAUAUCUCGACUUUGCCACGGAAAGGGAGGCUGUACACGACUCAAGAUGGAUGGACGAGGAGAGCCGAAAUCACAAGCUCCCCCAUCAGAAUUGGCGGGAACAAGGUUAUCUAUGUUCCUGCAAAGAAUGGGCAUGGGCAGCCAUAUGACAUCUUCAAGUACCAGGCAUACGACGGGAAGGAGUUCUCAUAUCGUCAAGGGGUCGUCAUUCAUGUGGAAUCUGUCAAUGAUCCCCCCAUCGUGGCUCCCAGGACCAUAUAUGCUUUUCGAGCAGCACGAGUGGUGGUUCUACUCCAGGCUGAAGAUCCAGAGGGGGAGCAGACAACCCUCCAGAUCGAUACCCUCCCAGAGAAAGGUCUUCUCUAUCAAGCAAGCGACACCGGCAGGGUGGCAAUCGGUAGACCAAUAACCACUCCUGGCACGAUAGUCACCAACAAAGACGGAUGCUUGGUGUACUACCCAUUGUUUAAUGGACACGACUUGGAUGGAAUGCCGUACGAUUCCUUCAGUUACUUGGCCAACGAUGGGCUGCUGGACUCCCCAGAGGCAACUGUAACUAUUCAUGUCUCGGAAGCUGGGUUGGAGGAGAAGCCUGUGGCUGGUCCGGGCGGCUAUGCACUUCUAUUUGAUGGAGUUGAUGAUGUUCUCUAUUUAGGAACACUCGAAGAUUACUUAACUUUUCCCCCCUCAUCACCACCAUUAUCAUCCUCCUUGUCCUCCGUAGUUUCUUCUUCUCUUUCCUCUUCGUCUUCCACUUCAUCCUCGCCGUCAUCAUCAUCACCGUUGUCAUUGCGGUCAUUGUCGUCAUCUUUGUCUCGGAGGGUGAUGGAUGCCGUGCUGGGACCAUUCGCGGUGGAGUGCUGGUUUAGGACAUCAGCGCUUAUGGGAGAGAAGGACAUAACACUGAUUGUGGCUGGUCCGUUUGUCCUUCGGUGGACAAAGGUUGCAGGUCUUCAGUUCUCUGUGGGCUCGAAGCUGGUCGUGGAUUCCUUCAUGACCUGCAAUGAUGGCACAUGGCAUCAUGUCUCAGCUGCAUGGAAUGCGAGUUCUGCCACCAUGAUUGUUGAUGGGAAGCAAAUUGCAACCUCAUCUAGGACUGCAGAGCCUGUGCUGCCAGAAACCGCUGCGAUGUGGGAUUGGAAGUCAACCAGAGUCAUUGCUGGUGGGGGGCUGAUGAAUGGUACGCAGGGGUUUUACAGUGGAGCAAUUGAUGAGAUCCGCAUAUGGAGAACAGAAAGGGAUGCGCAAAGUGUUCAGGGCGACAUGAUGGACCCUCUGCUUGGCGACCUGCCAUUGGGACUUGUUGGGCAUUAUCGUCUGAAUGAAGCCCAUGGUGACAGAUUGGAGAAUGCAGCGACUGGUGCUCGUGACGGCGAGCGAGGACUGGAUGGAUUGCAGAGAACACAACCCACAUGGAUAGCAUCCACAGCCCCAAUUCAAAGUGCAGUGGUAGCACGAGAGGGAGAGGACACAUUGAUCCACCUGCGGGGGUCGGAUACGAUGGGGCGUGAGCUGGAGGUGAUCAUCAUCCGACUGCCAGGCUACGGCCAUCUUUACCAGGUGGAAGAUGCUGAUGACCCAACAGCGCCGGCUGUAGGUGCUGCUGCAUCAGGGGGGCACCUGCUCCGGAGUAUGACAUCAAGAAGUGAGGAGGGAUGGCGCACGAUGGCUGAUAAGUUAUCCUCUGACACUCUCAGUGAGGCCAAGGAUGCAGGCCGGAGUGUGAUUUGGGCAAACGACAAGGAGACUGGGGAACGUAGGAUGGUUAGCUCCACGUGGAAGGCAAAGUUCAGGAGGGGAACGUUGAUCGAUUCUGUCCCUGUGAUCGCUAAGAGGAGAAUGGUGAUAUACAAUUCUGGAGUAGGACUUGCCGGAGUUGGCCUGGGAAGUUUCGAGUAUGUGGUAGGGUAUAUUGCGGCGCUUGUACCUGGAUUUUACACACCAGGCCUUGGGGAAUCACCCUGGCCGCGCCUGUUGUUCUACGAUGAGAAUGUCAAUGAGCUGCUGCCCGCUGAGAGCUAUGUCUCAUCGCCGAGAACGCUAACCGUUGACGUGGAGCGAGUGCAUGGAACGCCCACGGGCUGUGAAAAUGUCAGUGAGUGUGUGGUGCAUCUGGCAUAUGGGGAGACAGAUGAUGUUGUUAUUCCACUGGCGGCUCGGCACCAUCAGUAUUCCCAGGAAGCAUUGACUGUCCGUAUCUCACGUUUGCCAGAGAGAGGGGUGUUGCGGUUGAUUAACGGUAAGCCCAUUAGAGAGAUCGAUACGUUGGUGAACUUCUCGAGCCCCAUGGCAGGUAACCUCAGCCAGGGGUGGCGUGAAGGAUUUUUGGUCCUCUAUUCACCACCAAUUAACGCGAAAGGCAGCCCUUUCGACUGGUUUGGCUACCACGUGGUCGACAAUGCUGGGUUGAUGAGCGCAGAAAGCUGGGUGGUGAUCAACGUGGAAGACACAGGCAUGACGUUUCCAAGGCCUGUGGUGGGGUCUGCAGGCCUCGCACUACUUUUCGAUGGUGUUGAUGACAUCGUCACACUUGGUAAGCUCUCAACAUAUGGAAUUGAUGGCACGGGAGUUGCAAUUGCUUGUUGGUUCAGAGCAUCAGCACUAUUGGGUGUGAAGGCAAGUGCCCUGGUUGUUGGAGGACCCUAUCAACUCAUUUGGACCCCUUUUCUAGGCUUGCAGUUCCGAGCUGGCAGUGCAGUUGCAGCUACGUAUGCCCAGUAUAACGAUGGGUCUUGGCAUUUUGUGGUGGGCUCUUGGGAUGGACGAGAGGCAUCAAUCAGUGUCGACUUCAGGACGGUGGCUGUUGCCAGGUCAGACAGAGAUAUCUGGGAAACGAGGGACUUGGUAUCGGCUGAAAAUCAUGUGUUGACAGUGGGAGGGGAUAUAAACAGUACGGCAAGGAAUUAUCGUGGCGAAGUCGACGAACUCUCUUUGUGGAAACGGCAUGUGCCAUUGGUGGCCGUGAACAGGGCAGCCAAAGGUCAAGCAUUCCUUGGAAAUGAGCUAGGGCUGGUCGGGUACUGGAGGUUCAAUGAAGCAACAGGCACUGGAGUCAGGAAUGAAAAGACCGGUAGCUCUGCUCAGUCUGCUGCUCCUGACAUCUUUCCCACAGAAAUUGCAGCAGCUUUGGAAGGAGGCGGCAGCAAUGCAUCCCGCACCCUUCUCGGAGAGAAUGAGGAGGAAAACCUGGUUGGCAUGGGGCUGAGAGGGGCAGUGGACACUCAGCCUCAGCGAGUUAUCUCCACUCUACCACUGAGCAACACCGCAGACGUUGAGGAGGAAACUAUGCUCCCUCUUGAUAUUGUGGCUGUCUCAGAAAAUGAUGCGGUACCACCCAAGGUCCGGAUCUCUGUGACCCCUAAGCAUGGAACUGUCCGGGCAGAAGGAUUUAAUAAGCCAUUGACCAGAUUCACUCGUGUCCCUGCCUCUGCUCAUCUCACCUAUCUCCCAACUAAGCACUUCAUUGGUGAGGAUCGACUCAUCUACACCGUUGAGGAUGGGGUGUUGCAGUCAAUCCCUCAGUCCUUCAGCAUUUUCGUGAACCGGAAAAUGCAGCCAUCUCUCGCCAGUAGCCUCCUCGUGCAGAUGGAUUUCCACUCCCCCAGUCCAGUCACGGUCGAUCUCUCUUCAUCGUCUUCUUCUUCAGUUGCUGCCACGCCCAAGAACCUGAGGCAGAUCCAGAACCAGAGCACAAUCGAGUUCUUAGUGACGGAGUUGCCAUGGAGAGGGGUGCUGUACAUGGGGUUGUCGGCUGAGGGCAGACCAGAGUCACCCAUUGUGGAGCCAGGGACGACUCUUCCCAGCUCGAAGAUAAUUUAUAUGCCUAUGUUGAAUGCACCUGCGGAUGAAGAUUCAUUCAAGUAUGCCCUCUUUAACAGGGGCAGUGGUCUCUCGGGUCCAGAAGCGACAGUAAAGCUGGUGGGUACAGAGACAGGGCUGGACCGUGCAGACACACCUGUGGCUGGGCCUGCGGGUUUGGCCCUGUCGUUUGAUGGGCGAUCCUCUGUUGCCACCCUUGGCUCCUUGCAGGACUAUUCUGUCAGAAAGGACAUGAUGUUUCUGGAGUGCUGGUUCCGAACAUCAGCUGUGUCAUCAGCGCUUCCCAUGACUCUUGUGAGUGCUGGCUCUAUCUUUGCAAUCAAGCUGCACAGCCUGCACGGAGCAACGCUCUCCAUAGGAGCAAAGACAGUGAGCAUCUUUGACUCAUUCAAUCAAGGUUCUUGGCAUCAUCUUGUCGCAUCGUAUAAUGGAUCCCAUGCUUUGCUGAUGAUUGGCAAUCGAACUGCCACUGCAACAGGAACAGCAGCAGCAAGGGCGGCAACAUAUGAUGAGCGGAAUUCUGCAGAGACAGCUGUUACGCUGGGGGCAUCUCUUGCUGCAGACACUCCACGGUCAUAUUUGGACUACCUUAAUGGGGAGAUAGACGACCUACAAAUAGGGCCAACUGAAGAGGGGAUAACCGGGCGGUUCUUGUUCAAUGAGCCACUCGGGAGUCAGCUAGUAAAUGAAAUCCCGGAUCGCCCAGGUGGGACCCUGGGAUGGCAGGGUGCCAAUGUACCGGCGCGAGUGACAUCCACGGCACCGAUCCAAGGAUUGCCGUUGGUUCCGUCGCCUGUCAUUACACUGCUUGAGGACUCCACAGUAACAAUCAAGCUCCUGGCAUUCUCGUCAGAGAGCAUGCACCGCCUUGAGUUUACUAUCGUGGAAUUGCCAUUGAAGGGCAGCCUAUUUGCAGUGGAUCGUUUUGGUCGUCGAGGUCCAGGCAUCUCCCAUGUUCCUCGUGUUCUUUCUCGUCCGUAUGUCAUGUUUCAACCACUUGCAGAUACAUUCAGCACCCCAAGGGAUGAGGUGUAUGCCACAUUUGCGUACGUUGCUAAUGUUGUCGGCCCGCUCCCUGCAUGGACAUCUGCUGUUGUCCGUGUGGCACUUGUGGUCCACCCCCUCGAUGACCCGCCAUUUAUGGCAUCAACAACAAUGAAUGUCGAAGUUGCUGAGAAUAGUGUCGUCAACAUCACUUUGACUGGAUCUGACAAGGAGGAAGAGGACUUGGUGUACACCAUCACUACAAUUCCUACUGCAGGCUUGCUCUUCCAGGUAGAUGGGACCUUGAUAUCCUCCCUUUGGACCAACGUAACAGAUCCUUACCACGUCGUGCGCUUCGCUGCCCCACUCAAUCAGAGAGGUAGUCCUUUGACAUCCUUUGGGUAUGUGGUAUCGGAUGGUGGGAUGCACUCAGAGGAGUGCACCGUCAACAUACACGUGGCAGGAGAUGCAGCCCUGCGGGUGGAUGGAUAUGGAGCGCUGGCAAUGGAUGAUGUGGAUCUGCUGCAAGGCGGAGGGUCCUUCAGCAUAGAGGCAUGGAUUAGGGCGGACAACAGCACGACAAGUUUUGCAGCCACUAUUAUUGAGACAGCGCAUGCUCAGCUUAUGUUGUCGGAGUCAGGCAUGCCAGAGGCUGAGCUCGAUUUUCCUUGGCCGUCUUCCAAUGGAUCGAUGCCAGUGAAAGCAGGAAACCCGGCCUACCUGACCCCUUGGAGGGAUCGAUGGCACCAUUUGGUCGUGGUUGUUGAUGCUGGCAUGGGUGGGGGGUUGAGUAACUUCUUUGUGGAUGGCAUGCCCAUCUCCACCCAGUCAAGCUUGGGAGACUGGACGAAAGUAAUGCUUAUGCGGGAAUUGGAGUCGUCAAGCAAAGCCUUCCAGACAAGAAUGUUGAUAGGCUCGGACAGAGACUGGAAGGCACCAUAUAAAGGAGAUAUCGACGAUGUCAGGAUUUGGAGAAGGGGUCUGCAGACAUUCGAAAUUCAUUCACUCUUUGCCAAUGGUCGUCUUUCUAGUGGGGGUUCUGAGGAAGGUCUCAUAAGCCACUUUUCCUUCGACGAUGCCCCCAUCAAUUGGUCUGCUAGUAGCAAUACUAGCAUGAGACAGGAGCACAGUGAUAUGCUGACCAAGGACCUCAUCAAGCCAUCAAGGCGAGUGCGACAGUUGGGCGAGACCUCUCUGGUGAAAACCCAUUCCCCCACCCUGGGAAUUUCCAGCCUGGCGAAGUCGCUUCAGCCGCAUCUUGGUGCCAGAGGAACAGCAGGUUACGCACUAUGUUUGGAUGGAAUAGAUGAUUUUGGGGAAUUUGCGUUUGAUAGUAGGAACGGAGAGAAAAUCUUGACGAUACAUGGUGGGGUGACUAUGGAGAUGUGGUUCAAAAUAUCUUCUGUUGUUUCAACCGGAACCGUUGCCAUUGCAGACAUUGGAACUCUCUCUGUGCGUUGGACAAGGGUUGGUGGCUUCGGUGUCCAUCUAGUUGGUGAUCUAUCCGUGAAUGCUGUCACACGGAUGCAGCUCAAUGAUGGAUGGUGGCAUCAUAUGGCGCUGAUAGCUGAGGUAGAAGACUUCCAGCCAGGGCGUGACAGCCUUCCUGACACACGAAGUCACUGGAAAGUCAGCCUGCAGCUUGUCGUAGAUGGCAUUGUGGUAAUCAACUCCUCCGACAGCACAGUUGUAGUUUCCCGACAUCCGUUUACACUUCCUUUCUCUGUGACACUGGGAUCUUCGUAUGGCUUGGUUAAGGAUCAAGAUCAGGAUAGUGUUAAACACCAGGUUAGAGGGAGUUUCCUUGCAGGGGUGAUUGACGAGUUCCGGCUAUUUGAUCACAAGAGAUCGCUCGAAGAAAUUGAAAAGACACGAGCGCUGACCUUAUACAAGGCUGGAUUCAAUGCUUGGCCCAAUUCCACAAAUAGCUCCACUCCUGCUGGUCGCACCAGUCCCAGUGGUACCAAUUCCAGUGCUGCUGGUGGUUUGAAUAAACAUGGAGACGGAGGAGUAGGGAUAGGAGGACAAGGCAACGGUCUUCUGGCCUACUACCCGUUUGACAACGACCUGGGCAAUGUUGCAGUUGAUUGGUCAGGAAAGGGGCACAACCUUGAGCUCAGAGGGGACCCAGUCUGGCUCUAUUCCACUGCUCCUCUUUGGAGCAACGGAACGGAAGUGCCAGAAGAUGGGAAGGACAUCGUUGUGCACCUGGAAGGUGCAGAUGUUGAUGGGGAUGCCAUCAGAUACUCUAUAGUUGAGCUUCCUCCUCGAGACCAUGGCACUGUGUUUAACCUACCAGAUAAUAGCGUGCCAAUGACAGGGGUCCCUGCGAUUGUGACAGACCCAGGAGGGCGGAUUCUGUUCAGGCCGGAAAAGGAUUUCCAUGGAAUUGCCUGCCUGUGGUAUGUGGCAGAUGAUGGUCGCCACACUUCACCGCCGGGAUUGGUAGCCAUUGAUGUGACACCAAUGAACGAUGCACCAGUUCUGAAACCGUCUCUGACUGUUCGUCUUUCAAAGAACAGAACAUGGGCCGUCAUUCGGUUGCCUGCAGCACAUGAUGUGGAGCAGCAGGAGUGGGAGGUCAAUCACACAAUCAGCACCCUGCCGCUCAAAGGAAGUCUUUUCCAGGUGGAUAUGGAACAGGAGAGGAGUAGCAGUAGUCGUAGGAGGAUGGUGAGGCGUUCAAGGGAGGUUCUUGCCAGUGAUUCAACAUCAGACAGAGGGGAAGAUCUAUACAGUGUGGGAGAACCCAUCCUCCACCCAUUCACUGUUGUCUCGCAUCCCGAAGGGCUUGUCCUUUAUCAGGUCGCUCCUGACGCUGCGGGCGAACCUGGUGUUGUUUAUGACCAAUUUGGUUACCAGAGCUGGGAUAGUGUGGCCUCAUCUGAGGAGGGUGUUGCAUUAAUCUUCCUGGAAAUGGGUCGCGGGGCCCAUCAACCUGUCAUUGCGCCUGCAGGCAAUGCACUCAUAUUGGGUGCUGGUCCCAUUGUUGGCAACUUCUCCUCAGUGGAAGCCAACCUUCUGUGGGGUCUCUUGGACCAGCUGACUGUUGAGCUCUGGAUGCGCACGUCAACUGCUGUGAACCAGGACACACUACUUCUCCAGCUUGCCAACGCCAGACCAGGGAGCAGCUUGCUGAAGGUCCAGCUCAAAUGCAACGCUCUUGGUGGUUUGACACUGGAGGUUCGACGGAGGAGAAGGCGGAUGAGUGUAGCACAUUCGCUUGUCCAUAUCAACGAUGGGGCAUGGCACCAUGUGGCGGCCACGUACACCCGAACAAUGAUUACCUUGCACGUGGAUGGGGUAAUCGUGUCCUCAGCCAAGGUAAGAAAUGGCACACGAAGAAAUCGUGUCAGGAGAUGGCCGUUGUUGGUGUUGAACCAUUUGUCAUUGGGGGGAACGGGAGGUGAUGACAGCAGGAAAUGUUGUCAAUUCACAGGCAGUAUUGAUGAGCUACGGAUAUGGGACCUUGCCCGGUCGGAGGAUGAGAUCAAAAGGGGGAUGCGAUGCAUCCUCACGGGAAUGGAACGGGAACUGCUCUUGUAUUUCAACUUCGACGAGCAGACGAUGAACACAACUAACAUCACCACCAGCACAAGGACGGACAUUGCCACAGUGAACAGCACGAAGAACAGCACGAGGAACAGCACCAUGGGUAUGAUGUGGCCAGUGAACGACGAUGAUAUGCUGCAAGGCGUUGCCCAGUGGAUAGGUGCCAUCGACGUGCAAUUCCUCGGGAACGUGACAUGGGAGGCAUCAUCUGCCCCAAUCACUGAGUUUGUCAUUUCUGGAGUGGAGGGACAAACUGUGCGCAUCAAUUUGCCCGUCAUCAAUAUGCUGAGCGCAUCUCCGCUUUUUGUCAUCAAUGCCAUCCCGACAAGGGGAACACUCCUCGAUGACAACCAGAAUGUUAUCACUAAUGCCCCAUGGGAACUGAACAGCUCUGUCGUGUGGUUUGUGGGGAAGCCACAUGAAUCCGGUGAUCGCUACGCAAACUUCAAGUAUAUUGCCAUCGAUGAUGGUGGUGUUAAGUCUGAUGAGGGCACCAUUAACAUUACAUUCCGUCGAAUCCCAGAGGCACCCUCACCUUUCCUUAUGGAGACCACAAUCAAGGUCAGUGAUAGCCAGCCAGAGCUUAUUGCUCUGACGGUGAGGGACCACGACCUAAUGGACGUCACUGGGGAGAAGAGGGAGCAAGUGCAGUUCAGAAUAACCACUCUUCCCCAUAUUGGCAGACUGUACCAGGUUGAAGAAGAUCCAUUCCUGAAGAAGUGGCAGCAAUACUAUGAAUCUGAAGCAGGAAACGACAAGACGGCUCUUUUAUGGUCACCAAUUUCUUCACCAGGAACCAUUGUCAAAAGAGUCAACGUUGAUGAAUCUCAGGGAAUUGCUACAGCCUUCGUGCUAUACUCCGUUGCAGAUGGGUAUGGUGACUUUUUUCCAAGAGCAUCUCAGGUGGAGGCCUGGCAAUGGCAUCACCAUAUGCUAUGGCAACUGCCACCCAGCAACAACUCCGGAAGGGGCGCAGAACUUGGCACCACCUUGGACUCCGAGGUAGGAGGAGAUGCACAGACAAUGACUUUCCUAGGUUAUGUAGCGGAGGAUGCUGACAAUCUGAGAUCUCCAGAAGCUCGGGUCUUGCUGAGUCUAUCGUCAGAAAUCUAUGGUCGAAGCAGCGUAAGCUCUGGUGAGAUCCCAGCACAACUCAAGAGGCCGGCACCCCGAGCCUUGUCCGUGUUCUCUAUGGCAGGCUUUGCUCUUGCUUUAGAUGGCAUAGAUGACUACAUCCUUGUACAGAAUCGUCCUUCGACAAGGCGCAGAAACCGGGAAUCUAGCAUCAUCUCCUUGCGCGGCAUUUUCACAGUGGAGCUGUGGAUGAAAACCUCCACUCCCGUCCAAGAAGGGGUCACUCUCCUCACCCGCCCUGGUGUCUGGACUCUGUCCUGGACUAAGAACCAGGACUUGGCAUUCCACUACCAAUAUGGGUUGGUGAACAAGACGACCACCAUAGUGACCUGUAGGGUCGUAUUACUGGUUGGAGCAGACGAGUUUCUAAGUGGUGACCGGUUCUUCAAUGGUGCGCUGGAUGAGAUCCGUUUAUGGAGCAUUCCCCGGACUGACAUGCAGCUGAAGGAAGCCAUGCAUGCAGCCAUAUCUGGAAGGGAGAGAGGGUUGGUCGGAUACUGGCAAUUUGAGAACAAGCAAAUGCUUAUUGCUGAGGUCAUGAGGGAAGAGUAUAGUGAGGUGAUACUGCAGCCUGGUGCUGCUAGUCUCAUGAUAGUCAAUGACACAACACGGAAUGGUCUCCAUGGCCUCUUGGUGGGGCGGUCAUUAUCGCAGGGACCUUUCAUCCGGUCAGAAGUCCCACUUGCGUGGCAUCGUUUAGUCACAGAUACACAAACUCCUCUGAGGAUCCAGUUGCUGGCGGUGGGUGGGGAUGAUGGAGCGAGCUCCCUUACUUUCACGAUCACGCGUCUGCCAUCCUAUGGUAGGCUGUCAAAGUCUAACGGCAAACGGAUCAAUAGGGUUCCUUACCAGCUGCCUAAGGGAAGUAGCAUAGUCAUAUAUACUCCAAGUACUCGGUCACGCGCUGAGUCAAAUUACUCUCUUGGUCAGCUUCCUCCUCCUACUACCACCACUGCAACAGCUACAGCUAAUAUGCAUGGAAAUGUUACGGAUGGACAACAGUUCGAGACAGAACCGUGGGAGCAAAAAUUGAAUGACUCCGAGAAGGUGAAGGAGAAUAAAUCAACGGCGGCGGUGAAACCUGAGCCAUGGAUUUAUCGUGAUGACUUCUCUUUCCUGGCAUCGGAUGGGGCUCAACAGUCGAAGCAGGUUAAUGGAACUAUCUAUGUGGUCCACACCAACUCUGUCCCCGUGGCAAAGCCAACAGCUGCAAGUGUCACUGAGGGAAGGGGGGUAGUUAUCAACCUGUCAGUGGUGGAUGCUGAUCAGAAUGAUAACUUGAAGAUCAUAAUCAGCACUCUCCCUGACUAUGGCUCUCUUUUCCAGGUGGCCUCAGAUGGCCUGUCUCCUGAGGAGCUCAUCCAAGUCCCUGGGGUGGAGGUGAAGGCCUAUGAUAGGUCCACAAGAACGGGAGCUGUAUUUUUCCGGGCAAUGGAAGGCAUAACUGAUGGCUACCCUUCGCCUGGGAGACGAGAGGCGAAGCAUGCUUCAUUCACGUUCAUGGCUACAGAUGGCAUGGCAGACUCUUCGGGGGCUCAGGUAGAUUUGGAGAUUGGGCAGGAUGUACAGUAUCCGAUAUUUGGCGGCAUCCGAGGGUAUGCGAUCCGUUGUGACGGGGUGGAUGACUAUGUGUCUCUGACGGGCUAUCAGAGGGGAGUGAGGAGAUCAGGGUUCACGGUGGAAGCUUGGGUUCGUACAGUGGGAGCUGUCUUUGAUGGUGCAACCAUCAUCGGUGCUGGAACAUUCAGUCUAGCAUGGAGUGCACUCGGAGGCAUGGGUCUUCACUUUCGGAGCACGUGGUGGGAAGGGGCAUCAUCCUCACUCCCAGACUAUUCCCUGCAUAGUUACAUGAGUAUCAACGACGGCCUUUGGCACCAUGUGGCAGCCACCUGGAAACCCCCGGAUGCUGAGCACAAAGCCUCGCAAGCAUGGCUGUACAUUGAUGGUAACCUGGUUGCUUCCAAGGUUUGGCCUUCCUAUAAUGGUGCCAUUGGUAGCAUCAUCACCGUGGGGCGGUCUUGUGGCAUUAACACGACGACGACCAGCAAGAUCACCAGGACUUCAGCCACUGCAUUGGCAAGGACAAGUUCCAAAAAGGCGCUGCCUGCAAGGACAAAGAAUGAAUCCCCUUCAGAGUCCAUCAGGUCAACCGCCACACUGCCGGAUGCAUCCUUGUCAUGGGUCCGUGAUCUGCUAGGUCAGACAAACAGUCCCGAAGUUCUCCCGGGCCUGCUCAAACCUGAUGGAGGAGACAGUUUCUUCUCUGGGAUGAUGGAUGAGAUCCGGAUGUACUCACCACCAUUGUCUGAGGACAAGCUGAGGGAGUCGAUGAACUGGUCUGUGGAGCCAUCCAACAACCCACCGAAUCUAGUUCUGCAUCUGCGGUUCAACAACCUGCAGGACCUCUCGACGGGAACAGUCCUAGAUCUGAGCCCAGAACCUGGUCUGGGAAACGUCAAACAAGGUAAGCUUCACGGAUCCCCGACCAUGGUUAUCUCCGAUGUUCCUAUUGCUCUUAAAGUGGAAACAGCCAUGGACGUUCCUUUAUCCAUCGAUUUGGCAGGGACUGACGCUUACUUCUCGAAUCUUUCAGCCAUUAUCACAGCACUUCCAGAGGCCGGUGCACUUCACCAGGUAGACAGAGAUGGAAGCGCUGGGGAGAAGAUUACUGAUACUUUUGUUGCUGUGACCGAUGAGCUCAUGAGAGUGGUGUUUGUCCCAGAACCUGGAACCAAGGGUGACCCAACCUCCAGACCGCCCUACAGAUAUGCCAGCUUCAGGUAUACAAUUAACGACGGUAAAAUGAACUCGGCUGAGGACACAGUAGUAGUCUUUGUCAAACGGGUGCAGUAUCCACCAAAAGUAGUGAAGAAGUAUAUGGAGGUGCAGGUCAAAGGAGUGGAGGAUAUACCAAUAGUGCUUCAAGGAACUGACCGUGAUGAUGAUCUGCUCACAACAUACAUCACCACCCUGCCAACAUUCGGGCUCCUAUAUCAAGCAGCUGGAUGGGCAGCAGACAGUGAGCGGGGAGCAGUUGGUAAGAGGAUCCAAAGAGGAGAUCUGAUAUCCAGGCCAUGGACUCCUCUUUCCAACCACUCCAACACUGUCCUCUUCAGUCCGGCAACAGGAGACUUGCUCACAGAGAUCAAGCAGCUGGAGGUGGACACAGCAUUUUUUGGUUGGACUGUGACCGAUGGGCGCAUGUUUCAGAUCGAUGUGACUGAGGCGUUGGUGGUCUUUCGCUUCCCAAGGGGCAAUCAACCAGUACACCAGUGGCCUGCCAAUGGGGAUGGAGCCGAUGUUAGGCCAGUGGCAGGAGAGGCUGGCAUGGCGGCUGCCUUUGACGGGCUUCAUGGCCGAUUAGUGAUCCAUGGCGAAAGCCUCCACCAGCUGCGAAGUGAGAUGACGGUUGAGGCUUGGGUCAAAACCUCGGUGGGCACCUGCAUGGGUGCAAUUGUCUCCUCCUCCAGCUUCAUUCUCUCACUGCAUCCGAUAUUUGGAGUGCGCUUCACUGUGUACCUGGGUGAAAAACGCCAGCCAUACACAACUGUUCCGACUCACUCGCCCCUGCCAUUGAAUGACGGAGGCUGGCACUUCAUCUCAGGGGUGUUUAUGGGCAACAGCAUGUGGCUGUAUGUGGAUGGGAGAUUGGCUGGCCGCAAGGAUCUAGCUGUAGCUAUCCCAUUUGAGCUUCCCAAGAUCUCGACGUUGACAAUUGGCGGCUCCAUCACCGGUGGACACAAGGCCUUCUCGGGGCUGAUCGACGAUGUCCGCCUCUGGAGUGUUGGCCUCCAACCAAGCACAUAUGUGCCAGAUGGAGGGUAUCACUGGACAGCACGUGGGCAAGGACUCGUCGGCAAUGAGCAAGGGUUGGUUGGCUACUGGCGUUUCAAUCAGUUUAUACUGGAGGAAAUAUCAGUGGACUCGGAAUCCAAGGGGAAUGGACAGGUUGGGCAGGAAGAGAGGGAGCAGUUCACUGUACUCCUUGUUCCCAACGAGUGCUGUGCUACUAACCGGAGCAAGUAUCCCUUUGGAGUCGAGCUGGAUGAUGACAGUUUCGACCUUGUGGCCAGCUCUGACCGUGAGGGAGGUGUAGCUGUGAUUCCAUCCGGUGCCCCCAUCGCAGACGAUGUAGUCCUCCCUGAGGAUGUGCCCUGGAGCAUAACUUUCUGGGCCUUUGGUGGAGUACCUGUGAUCACACGGCUCCCAGCUCACGGUGUGCUAGUGCGGCAGGACAACAACCAAUCGAUCGAUCGAGCACCACUUGUGCUUGAGACGCCUGUGGUAAGAGCCACUUACUUCCCCGAGAAGAACUAUAACACAGAGGAAGACCCGAAUGGGCCCGACAGCAUAGAGUACCAUACUGUAGGAGUAAAUGGUUUGGAAUCGCCCACAGUACGUAUUAACAUCCACGUGGCGUCUGUCAAUGACCCUCCAUAUGUGCUGUACUACACCCGCAACAAGACUCUCCAAGCCUCCGAGCCAACGAUGCUGAGAAUGGUAGGUGCAGACGCAGAUGGCCCGCCUCCGAAACUGCUUAUCACCCAGCUGCCUCAUUGGGGUCACCUGUAUCAGGUGACAAAUGAUCAGGACAUUGGGGAGCUGAUGACCUUCGGGCCAGCAGAGGUCUACAACAAGGAUGGGUAUGUGUGGUUUAAGCCACUGGCAAAUGCCUACGGGGAUGCCUACGAUGAGCUGACAUUUAUUUUUAAGGACAGCGAGGGAGCCUCCUCAGAGGAGACCACGGUAAUAAUCACUGCACUCCCUGACACUGUGCUCGGACUGCAAGGGCAAGGUCAGCUGCCGCUGAUGUCAGCCAUGGACACACUUGUGGAAGACCUGCAUGCAUAUACCAUUGAAUUUUGGUUGAAGCCCCAGUCUGUGAUCAAUGCCACCUAUUCCAUGACCCCAUCCUUCACACCGCUAGGAAGGCGGGAAGGAGGAUCAACCCAAUACUCGUUGCACAAAAUGUUCGGACGACACGACAGUGGUUUAAGUACUGGUCCAUACAUAUUUGCGGAGGACCCUUCGGAAUCCAUUAUGCCAUUGCUGGCAGCAUCAUAUGGCUUCCCAUUACUCUCUGAUGGCUCUGAAGGAAUGACAGCUACGCAAUUGCUGCUGCGUCAGAAGAUGCGACAGAGACGCCAACUUCUUUCCCUCGAUAAUUAUGAUGAUCGUCGAGGAAAGAAGGCUCAGGAAGAUGUCCUAAUCAUGGACGAAGAGAACAGGCCGAUGAAGCUGCAUGGUAGCCACAAAAAGAAGGGCAUCCAGCAAAGUAACUUGCACAAGCUGCAUAACAAGAAAAAGGUUGAAAGGGCUCCUCGCCGUCAGGCGAACUGGAAGAGCACACUACAGCACACCAAACCAGGUGUGGUGCAAGAGGCAGGGCUUCAUGCUGGCGGUGAAUUAACCAUCCCAUCCUCUUCACUUAACCCCGCUGCCCAAGAAGCAAUAGUAGCAGUAGAAGAAGAAGAGGACGAGGAAGACCACGAAGAAACAGAAAGGGCAAGAAGAGUGAACCGGACACUUUCUGGUCAGGAUUCUGAUUGGGAUUUCGAUUUUCGGACAUAUAAGACAUUCCCCAUAGCAAUGAACUUCUCCAAUGCAGCAAGGCAGAAUCUGAGCCUGGACAUCAAAAGGAAGCGUCCAAGGAAAAACCAAUGGCACCACAUCGCAGCGGUUUUUGACGGUCGACUGAAGUCACUCUAUGUGGACGGGCUGCUGCAAAGUUCCCAAGCUGUUCAACCCCGAAAUGCAUCCAGUUCCGGGGGACGAGGAGGUGUGCAGUUGCAAGGGCACCUGGGAGCACUGUCUUCGCUGUUCAACACCUACAUCACACUUCCAGGAGCUGUACCUCCCGCUCCCACUGGAUGGACACCACCGUCAAGAAAGAAACGGGUUCCCACUCCUCCUCCUAGUCGUCAAAAUAUCUCACUGGGCGAAUAUGCAGGGUUGCUCGACCAGCUCCGCAUAUGGAACCAGGCAAGGACACAAGGGCAGUUGGCAGACACACUCUUCACACACCUGACCGGAGCAGAAGACCAUCUGCUCUUUUACGCUGCUUUUGACCGAGACCCUCCAAAGAUUGUGACAGCAGUGUCGUCUUAUCUUCUCCACGAUAGUGCCGACUCCCAAGUUGACGAGAUGAGCACCGCUGCCACCGAAGCAAGUGAGAACACUGGGAGCAAAAGACCAGUCGCUGGUGGUAGGAAGCUCGCUGCUGAAGGUGAUUCUUUGGUAGUAUGGGAAGAAGGACCAAACAUGAGCGCGACAACAGAUGGCGUUCGCAUUGUCGUCAACAAGCCUGUCGCUGGUGUUGCAGGGUAUGCUCUCCACUUGAACAGCUCUGGCCCUGUUGCUGUCUUCGGAGAUGAUGUUCUGGGGAAUGGUGCUCAUCUAUUCAACGGCUCUACCAACUCCUCCUUCACCAUCGAGAUGUGGUUUAGGACAACUGAAAGCUCUGGUGGACCUUCUGUGCUGCUGAGCAAAGGGUGGGUGCUACCUAAGUGGGAGGGUGCCUUCUCCCUCCAGUGGACCCGGUUUCAUGGCUUUGGUUUCUUCAUCCAGAACCGUCAUGGGGACCGUUUCUCACUCUCAACCGAGAUGGGUUUCAAUGACGGCGCAUGGCACUGGGUGUCGGCCAUCUGGGAUAACGGCAAGCCUGGUCUAUAUGUGGAUGGAAGACCUGCUGCUGUUGUUUGCCAUGUGGAGGCUGUCAACUAUCAUGGCACCGAACCAGAUUACCUUCCGCCCAUGCCCUGUAGCGAUUUCUCUUGCUGGGCGGACUGGCAAGACUGUGCCUCUGUAUUUCCUUGUGACGAUCCAAUCAUCCUGGGCUCGGAUCCCAAGGGACUGCAGAUAAGCCGGUUCAGUGGGACAAUUGAUGACUUCCAUCUCCUCUCCAAAGCACGCACCCCAACGGAGAUCGCAAAGGACUAUGCACAAGGGAAGCUUGGCAACGAAUCCGAUCCCUCAUCAGUUGCGUUUUUCCGCUUCAAUGAGGCCACAGGAACUGUUCUUCAUGACUCCAGGUACCUGCGAACAGUCAGCCUGGGGGGCGGUAAGGACAGUGGCAAUCAAAGUAAUGCCACGGCCAAUGUCACAUAUGGUCACAUCCAACUGCCUCCACAGAAGAGCACAUCCGCCAAGGCCAGAGAGAAUGACAUUCCCAUCAAUGUGGCAGGGUUAUGGGUGGCCUCCUCUAUUCCGUACACCCAUUCUCAGUACAUCCAUGGAUUCAAAUCACCGGCCUACACAUACUUUGACCUGUAUGGAGCAGAUGCUGAUGGAGAUGCCCUGGAUUUCUAUGUGACACAUGUCCCAGAGUUUGGCAUCUUAUAUGACUCUCCUGACGGAGGGAUCACUCGUGGCCAUAGGAUCCUGAAGAAUGGAACUCUGGUACGUUCACGUCGCCUUCUGUUCCGGCCGGUGCAGAGGUUUUGGGCCAAGGAUGAGAUAUUGCCGAUGUCAUACGGCUCCUUUGCCUAUGCUGUGAGUGAUGGCAAAGAGCUCAGCAGAUCAGAGGGAUGGGAAAUACUUGUCUACAGGGAUAAUAUCCCACCUGAGGCAUUUUCAAAGACUGUCACCACUAUGGAGGACACACCGUUGGACAUCAGCCUCGAUGGAAUAGAUCCAGAGGGCGGAUCAUUAUACGCAGAGAUUUUGGCUGGGCCAGUGCAUGGCAUUCUGACACCCAACCUCACUAUCUUUGCAAGCCAAGACAGCGUGAAUGGCUCUGUCCAUGUCAGCUAUGUACCCAACCCUGAUUUCAAUGGUCCUGACGUUUUCCAGUUUGUGUUGAUCGACCGGCUAGAAUCCAGCUCAAAUGUGGCCAGCAUUUUCAUCACUGUGACACCGGUUGACGACCCCCCACAGGUGACGAUGCCGGGGAGCCUGGAGAUGUACAAUCCGUAUGAAAGGUUGCGAGAUGUGGCAGUUAUGGAUGUAGAUGAACUGGACGAGGACAAUGAUCCAUCCAACAUAGCUGUCUUAACAGUGACAUUGACUGCCAGGAAAGGUGUCCUCGUGUACGAGUCCAUGGAAACAGAGUUUGGCAGGCAAACGUCCUACGUUACAUGGGAAAAGAUGAAGUCAGCCAUUAAGAGGCCCAACAUGACACUCUCCGGUACUGCACGUGAGGUCAGGGAGAUGAUGGACAUGGUAUACUAUUACAACCUUGACCUUGUCACUGGAGGUGCUGGAAAUGACACAGUAGCAAUCCAGGUCAGUGAUGCUGGGAGCCGCUCUGGACCUGGCGGUCCCCAUUUUACCACGAAGCGGAUGAAGGUAUUUGUCGUCGAAACACCCUUCCGGUCUGUUCGCUUUAGCGAUGAUGGCCAUGAGAUCUAUGUAGAGUACAAGGAGGCCACAGACCGGGCAGGCAUGCCAGUCGGCAUACCGAGAGGAUGUAGACCCUUGCUGCGCCGCCGGACUGUUGAUGUUCUUGGGGAUAACGCAACUUGUGAGUGGCUUGACUCUAGCACUUACGUCAUCAGCCUGGGUCCGUUCCCAAUCAUCGAACCAGAAUGGUACCUGCUCUCCACUGGUAAGAGAGUCGCGUUUGAACACUCGAGAGAAAUUGUGCCAUCUUCUCAUCACAUGAUUGGCCCUCCAAUGACACCUUUACGACCAGAAGCACAGGUGUUCGGCCCCACUCGGGUCGGACCGUGUGAUGGACUGACACUGGAGGCCCUGGGAUCUGCUGGGCAUGCUGGUCGGCUCAUGCAGUUCAAAUGGGGUUACGUCGGCUCAUCUCUGUGGCUGAGGUCCAUGGCAAAAGCAGCCAAAGCACCUCGCAUAGUUCUCCGCCCACGUGACGUGAAAGCCACAGGCUCCUACACCUUCACACUACAGGUCCGUAACUUCCUACGCAUGAGGAGUACACCUGUGAGAUUUACCUUCAAAAGGAUGGAGGACGAAAUGCCAAUUGUCUACAUUGAUGGCGGGGCACAUAUCACAACCUUUCCAGCCGCCCCCGUGCGCCUCCGUGCUAUUGCUAAACCGGCAUCUGUUUGUGAAACACUGAACCACAAGAGAAGUUCCAGAAUCCAAUCUGAACAUCCUUCUCCUCCACCACCACCAGCUCCUACCAGUGAAUGGGAGGAUGGAGCAGCGGGUGGGAAGAGCCAGCAGCUAACUUACUCUUGGUCACAAGUUAGAGGUCCUAGGGUCGCCUUAGCAGCGUUGUCUUUGCCCACAGGCCUGCACAAGGCGGUCCUGAUGUUGCCCCCCUACACUCUAUCCUCAGCAUUGGAGCCAUAUGUUUUCCGAGUCGUUGUGGUUGAUCCGACACGCCCUUGGUUGCGCGGUUCGGCAACCGUCCACAUUGCUGUCCCAUCAAGGCCACUGUACGCUGUGCUUGAUGGUGGCUCGCGGGUCAUCAACGGUCGCAGGGCAUUUGAUCUAAAUGCCAGCAACUCGCAAGAUCCAGAUAGCAACCAAAGUAAGCUUGUGUAUUCUUGGAGCUGCACCAUGAGGGCAGCCAUGAUCAAAGCGUACCCAUCCUCCUCCUCCUCCUCCAAUGAGAGCAGGCCAUGCAUGCCCAGGACGGGGAGAACACUCAACUUCCCUGGACCUCGAAGCAGCUCCUGGCGAAUAGCAGCAGGUGUACUUCCUGUGGCACUCUUCACCUUCACUGUGACCAUUAGCGUGGAUGAUGAGCAAGACAGUCGCACCAGCCAAGCAUCGGUCAACAUCAAGAUUGUGAAUGAAGAUGCACCGCUGGUAAUGUUUGAGCCCCCUUCACUGACCUCACGGCCGCAACCACCAAAGGUCAAUCCAGCACAACGUCUUCUGAUAUCAGCCAAGGGCUUCAGCGUCGCUGGCCGAAAGGUCGUUUAUUUCUGGGCCAUUCGGCCACAAGGUGGGCGGGGAGUAGGAGUGGAAGCAGCAGGUCUGGGAUGGGAGUUACACAAGGGAUUAGCAGAGACAGAUCAGAAUUCAUUCACCUGGGACUCUGUGCAGUUGGAUGCUCCUGACAUGUGUCAGGACAUCCAGCUGCCAGAGUGCCUGCAGACGCCCCGUCGAACACCUGAUUUGUCCAACCCAGCCGUUUGCCCCACAGGGCCUUCAGGCCGGCAUCUCCUCCUGAGAGAAGGGGCGCUGGCUGCUGGGCGGUAUGUUCUCUACUUCCGGGCCACCAGUCUGGACACUGGCAUCAGUGCGACUGCAGCCAUGCCUUUGGUUGUUGAUAGCUUCCCCCGUGGUACUCUUCCCCUAGUUGUUCCUCGCCAUGGGAUAGAGCUGACCACAGUGUUCGGCGUCACCAUAUCACGAUGGAAAGAUGAUGAUGGUCCAUUGCUCUAUGAGUUUGGCUUCAUGGAGGAUGGUGAGUUUGCCUCCUUGAGUGGACUGUACUCAUCGCGUGUCAAGUACAUGUUCCUCCCUCCAGGCAACCGUAAGGUCGCGGUGCGUGCGUAUGAUGCCUGGAUGGCAGCUGGCACAUCUGGUGCGAGGGUGGAUGUGGCCUUACUGUCCACAAUUGGCCACAGUGCUGUGGAAGUGCAGUCCAGGGUGACAGAUCUUAUUCACAAGGGGCCUUCUCUACUUUGGGAUGGAAACAUGGACGAGUCCCUUGCCCUUGCUGCCUUGGCCUCUGCGUCACUCAAUGAGGCCACCUGCAAUGACUUGUCAACAAAUGACCCAUCCGCAUGCCUGGAUGCUGACUUGGACGUGGCAGCUGCUGUGCACAACCGAGAAUGGGCAAUCAACCUCGCUAUGCGCUCUGGCGACCACGGGGCUGCCAUUCCUUCUGUGGUAAAGACAAUCAGGUGGUUGACCAAGGUUGGUGCAGAGUUGAGUGAGGAUGCCAUGGAUAGCACCACAGCCUUUGUCGUCAACAAGGUACGGUCGGCACUGGAGUUGUCCAACCUUGAUGGCUUCACCUUUGAACUGGGUGCCGACUUCCUCCAUGUGGUAAGCAAUCUCCUUCUGGCUGGAGUCCUGGGAUACCAGAACUCUACUCUCCUGGAAAGAGAUGUUGCCCGCACCUUGACAGCUCUGAUACCAGACAUCUCACUAGCCGUGAUAAAGUCUCGAGCUGGCAUUGCGCCCGGUGUGGUAGAGGAGAACCCUCCAGGUGGCACCAGAGUUUUCCUUGCUAAGUGGUUCAAGAAUGAACUGCAGGAACUGCCCAAGGAGGCUCAGAACCUGGGGGAAUUCACCCUACCCCCCUCUAUUGUCGCAUAUGUCAACCCAGAGGAUCUCUAUGAUGCCGAUUCUGUUGCAUUCACGUAUAACUCCUUUUCACCCGGCUUGAACCCUUUCCAGUUUGCAGCAUCAGAAUCUGCAUCUUCGCGUGUUGUUGGCUUCCAGAUGUUCUCCUCCCUCACUCCCAUGGGAGCGAACUUGGCUACGAACAAUACCUACCAGCCUCAGCCGCCCUCUCCAUCUCAAUCUCAUGGCCCGACAAGUUUCCGACCAGCCAGGCUACUGAGGCUCAUAGACAACAGCCCAAUUCAGCUCAGGGUACAGAGAUUGACCAACCGCCCUUCUGCCCUAACUCCUUACUGCCUCUACUUUCAGCGUGCUGCUGACAAGUGGACAGCACAGGGAGUGUAUACGGACACCUCGAGCGAUGCUGGCACGGCUGGAGCUGUAGUCCUGUGUACAACAACCCGUCUUGCCGACCAUGCACUGUUUGAUCUCCCUCGUGGACCUCCUGGACCCCCUGCUCCACCAUCCCGUGCCCCUCCCAGUCUGGAGGAGGAACGCCGGAGGGCUGCUGCAGACAGGAGAAAGACGAGGUUCAUCAUUGCCUUCUCUGUUGUGGGUGCCAGUUUCUUGCUUCUGCUCUGCUGCACUGCUCUGCUAUACCGUCGCCGUCGCAAAUCACAGGUGUUGCUCCUUUCUAAGGCCAAGAAAGAACAAGAACAGCUUGAACAACGACUCAGGGACAGCGGUCCAACCCCAGAGCCCACUGCUGCCUCCUUGCCAAAUAAGGCCGUCCGCACAUCUGCCAUGCUUGAAGCGGAAGACAAUCCUUCGGCAUUGUCAGCACCCAGAUAACCAAACAAACCGACUUGUCAUCUUCACACCAAACCUCCACCGCCAAGCAGCCUUUCUAGCUGCUUGAUCCUUUCCUUGCUUCGUCAGGCUCGCUGGCCUAUUCGCCUGCGGAGGUGAGGAGAGGCCCAGAAGAACUAUUCCACCACGAGCCUCCGACGUCAGUUCUGGCAGAACAAGGGUAUGAAAAGCCAUCUCCUCAGGGGGAUGCCCGUGUUGAUGAUCUGCUACCUUGGACAAUGAUCGGUCAGGUAAGGCCCAUGCAUGAGGAUUCAUCUGAAAGCACGGAGUGCAGUUAGGGGGCAGGGAGCGUCCGGAUUAGAUUUGAGAGGGGGAGCUGAAAAGGGAGACAGGACCUGACAGGUUAGCACAGUUCUCAUGGUCCAAACAAGACCCUGGCUUGGGUUCAAGGACCUUGUGCCCUGAGGAAGGGUGAUAAAAACCUCAAAGCAUC